AUGAUUGUCUCCCUCGGCAAGCUGGCAACGGCGCUGCCGGCGCUGCUGCUCGCGACCACCGUCUCUGCCGUCUCAUUCCACCGAAGCGGCAUGGAGAUAGGUCCCAUCGAAGAGGAUGAGACGCUUCCCGCGGUGGUUCGCCGUGCAGACGGCCCAGUCAACGGCUGGGGCGAGUUCGACCAGCUCAUCGACCACGCCAACCCUCAGCUCGGCACCUUCAAACAGCGGUACUGGUACGGCACCCAGUACUGGAACGGAACAGGCUCGCCAAUUAUCGUCACCAACCCUGGAGAGCAGUCUGCCGCGGGAUUCAACGUCACCUACACCACAAAGCGACGUCUCGCCGGUCUGAUGGCCGAGAGGAUAGGAGCCGCCGUUAUCGUGGUUGAGCACCGCUACUGGGGCGAAAGCACGCCCUACAAGGAGUUGACGAGCGAGAACCUCAAGUACCUCACGCUCAACAACUCGAUCCAGGACAUGGUCUACUUUGCCCACAACUUCAAGGCCCCCUUUGACGACGCCGAGGGCGCCACGAGCCCCGAAAGAGUGCCUUGGGUUUUCACCGGUGGCUCAUACUCUGGCGCGCUGGCCGGAUGGAUCGCCGCCAAGGCUCCCGGCACUUUCUGGGCCAUCCAUGGCUCCUCGGGCGUCGUCGAGGCCGUGCGCGACAUGUGGACCAUGUUCGUUCCCGUCCAGGAGGCCAUGCCCCGCAACUGCAGUCGGGACGUGUCCGCCGCCAUCGACUACAUGGACGGCGUAUUCAAGACGGGCAACCGGUCCGAGGUGGAAAAGCUCAAGGCCAAGUUCAUGCUCGACGGCCUGAGCGACGCCGACUUUGGCCAGGCCAUCGAGAACGGCCCCUGGCUGUGGCAGUCGACGCAGUUCUACACGGCCAACAAGACCCUCGGCGGCUCGGGCGUCAACCAGUUCCACCGCUUCUGCGACUACGUCGAGGGAGUCCACCCCAACUCUACGGCUGCCGUCCCGGGCGAGGAAGGUGUGGGCCUGACAAAGGCCGUCGAGGGAUACGCCAAGUGGUUCACCGAGGCCUGGCUUCCCGGGCAAUGCGAGUCCUUUGGAUACCCGGAGUGGCAGGGCACGUACAACACUGGCUGCUACCAGAACCAGAACGCGUCCAACCCGCAGUUCCACGAUCUGAGCUACACCAACCCCGUCAACCGCCAGUGGAACUGGAUGUUGUGCAACGAGCCUUUCGGCUGGUGGCAAAACGGCGCCCCCGAAGGCCGCCCCUCGAUCGUCUCCCGGCUCGUCAACAACAAGUACUGGACGGACCAGUGCGAGCUGUGGUUCCCCGGCGGCGCGUACGGCUUCGCGCAGGGCAAGACCGAGGCGGACCUGAACGCGUGGACCGGCGGGUGGUCCGACCUCAACAUCCCGCGCCUCAUGUACGCCAACGGGCAGUUCGACACGUGGCGCGAGGUCACGGUCAGCUCGUCGGUGCGUCCCGGCGGCCCCAUGCAGAGCAGCGCCGACGCCAACAACGGCACGCAGGUGCGCGUGCUGCCCGGCGGCGUCCACUGCUCCGACCUGUACGGGCCCAACUGGGAAGCCAACGAGGGCGCGAGGAAGAUUGCCGACGAGCAGACUGCGCAGAUGGCCGAGUGGGUUGAGGAGUUUUAUGCUACCAAGGGACGGGCAAGGUAA